AUGAACAGACUAGGCUCUCAAGAAGUACGAAAGGGAGUUUGGGCUGCGGAGGAUGUGACUAAUGGCAAGUCAGGAACAGAUAGAUGUCAUGUCAGUGAAGUCAGACUUCUGGUCUUGGAGAAACCCAGUACUAGUCUGGUUAUCUUGGCCUAUAAAGAAGGGUGCCUCCAUGGAGCAGUGGAGAUUGUAGAAACACACAGCAGCUCCCAGGAUGCCAGCACUGACUCCUGUGGCCAGCAGCAGGCAGGGGAGCCAUCUUCCCAGAACAAGAUUCCCCAUUCUGUGUGCAGUGAGAGCUGUGGCCCAGGAUUCUGGAAGACCCACCAGGAGGGACAGGCUGCCUGUUGCUUCGACUGUACCCCUUGUCCAGAGAAUGAGAUUUCUAAUGAGACAGAUGUGGAGCAGUGUGUGCGCUGUCUAGACGACCAGUACCCAAAUCCUGCACGAGAUCGGUGCCUGCCCAAGGUCGUGGUGUUCCUGGCCUAUGAAGACCCGUUAGGAGCAGCACUGGCCGGGGUGGCUCUUUGCUUCUCUGUGCUCACUGCUCUGGUACUCGGGCUGUUUGUGAAGCACAGAAACACUCCCCUAGUCAAGGCCAAUAACCGCAACCUCAGCUACACCCUGCUCGCCUCCCUCUGUCUGUGCUUCCUCUGCUCCCUGCUUUUCCUUGGCCGUCCCAACACAGCCACCUGCAUCCUCCAGCAGACCACGUUUGCCAUCGUGUUCACAGUGGCUGUGUCCACCAUCUUGGCUAAAACCAUCACCGUGGUCCUGGCGUUCAAGGCCACGGCACCGGGGAAGAGGAUGAGGCAGUGGUUGGUGUCCGGGGCACCUAACUCCGUCAUUCCCAUCUGCUCCCUCCUCCAAGUGGUGCUCUGUGGAAUCUGGCUGGGAACGUGUCCUCCCUUCAUUGACACAGACACACAUGCUGAGCCUCAGCAGCUCCUGGUCCUGUGCAACAAGGGCUCUGCCACUCUCUUCUACCUCGUGCUGGGAUACCUGGGGUCCCUGGCUCUGGGCAGCUUCUCAGUGGCUUUCUUGGCCAGGAGUCUGCCUGAUACAUUCAAUGAAGCCAAAUACUUGACGUUCAGCAUGCUGGUGUUCUGUAGUGUGUGGGUGACCUUCAUUCCCGUGUAUAAUAGCACCAAGGGGAAGGUCAUGGUGGCUGUGGAGGUCUUCUCCAUCUUGGCCUCCAGUGCUGGACUCCUGGGCUGCAUCUUUGCCCCAAAGUUCUACAUCCUUCUGGUCCGACCGAACAGGAAUGUUUUACGAGGAAUAAAGGAGAAAGCAAGGUCUAGGGGACCAUAA